AUGCCCUUACAUAUGGUCUCAAAUAUAUAUUGGAAAGAUUUUUUCAAGACUCUUCGUCCUGCUUUUUCGAUGCCAUCGAAAGAUCAAAUUUCUAACAAAUACUUAAAUGAAAUAUAUGAAGAGAUGAAAAGUGCAGUUGAGAAUAAAAUAAAGAAAGCUUAUUCGGUUGGAGUUCAAUGUGAUUCAUGGACUAAUGUUCGCGGGGAAUCCAUCUUGAAUUUUGUUGUAACUACUCCAGAACCAGUUUACUAUCGAUCGAUUGCAACUGGUAAAGCAUCACAAACAGUAACUAAAUUAGCUUCAGAAAUUUCAAGUGUCAUAGACAGUAUUGGUACGUCCAAAGUUGCCGCAGUUUGCACAGAUAAUGCUAGUUCAAUGAAAGCUGCUUGGAAUCUAGUUGAUGCCAUGUAUGAAGAAAAGAUUCAAUUUUAUGGCUGUGUUGCUCAUAUUCUCAAUAAUUUGAUUAAAGAAAUUAUAAUCUUACCUACAUUUCAAACACAUAAUAAUAACGCAGUUUCUGUUGUUAAAGAAAUAAAAAAAUCAAAUAUUUUGUUAGCUACUCUGACUAGUAUUCAAAAAAAUAGUACAGAUAAUGAAAAAACUACUUUGAAAGUUCCAGGACAAACACGUUGGGGUUCUUAUGUUUUAACUUAUGAAAGUUUACUAAAAAAUAAACAAAAUCUUAAAAGUUUAGCAAUUGAUAUUAAAGUGGAAAAACGUUUAUCAUUAGAAUCAAAAAAUACUUUGCUAAGUGAUGAAUUUUGGGUUACAUUAAACAGAAUUUUAACGUUAUUGAAACCAAUAAUGAAGUGGAUAACUAUUUUAGAAGGUGAUGGCGGAACUAUAAACUUAGCCUAUCAAGCUUUUUAUGAUAUUGAAAAACUUUUCAAAAAAGAACUGAAAAACAGUUCAGUUUCUAUUCUAACAUCUGAAGAAACAAAAUCAGUAUUUGAGAUUUUAGAGAAAAAAAGACAUUCAGCUUUAAAGCCAAUUCAUUACGCUGCUGACAUUCUCAGUCCUACUCAAAAAGGUAAAUUUUUGACGGAAGAAGAAGAAGCUAGUGGAACAAGUCUUAUUACAGAUUUAGCAAAAAAAUUCUAA